GUUUGACCAUGGGUGAAGAAAAGAACUCUUCCCUUCUCUCUCGCUCCUUCUGUCUCUCACACCAAGGAAAAAAACAGAGUUUUGCUGCACGGAUCUUCGUUUCCAAACCCUAAAAAGUCUGACAAUCCCUGUACAUCCAUGCACCCAAUCGAUCUUCCUCUGCUAUCAUCGUCACUGUUGCAGGAUUCUGUUGGCGUUAGCUAGGUUUUUGAAGUCGAAUUCAUUCAUCCAAAGAGGAGUCAGAAGCUGGAAAACCCCUGAGAUAUGGCGAAUCGGGUGAAGGAAGACGAGAAGAAUGAGCGGAUCAUUCGUGGUCUCCUGAAACUUCCUGAAAAUCGGAGGUGUAUCAAUUGUAACAGUCUGGGACCUCAGUAUGUUUGUACAAGUUUUUGGACAUUUGUUUGCACAACCUGCAGUGGGAUACACCGGGAGUUCACUCACCGUGUGAAAUCAGUAUCAAUGGCUAAAUUUACUUCACAAGAAGUUAGUGCUCUUCAAGCAGGGGGCAAUCAGCGUGCAAAGGAAAUUUACUUUAAGGAAUGGGAUCCACAGCGUCAGUCUAUUCCUGAUAGCAGUAAUGUAGAUAGACUCAGGGAUUUCAUCAAGCAUGUUUAUGUGGAUCGGAGAUACACUGGGGAGCCGAGCAUCGAUAAGUCUCGAAGGGUUAAGUCGGGUGAGAGGGAGGAUUCCUAUGAAAACAGGAGGGUGGAUACAAAUCGUGGUGGUUCUAGAAGCCCACCUUAUGAGGAUGUAUAUGAACGCCGAUAUGGUGAAAGACCUAGUCCUGUUGGUAGAAAUGAUGAGAGAAACUACAGAUACAAUUAUGAUGAACGAAGAAGUCCUGGAUUUGAUCAAGAAGGUCAGCGGUAUGGAGAUUACAGGAGAAGUCCUGUUCGCUUUGAAGUGGUUGAUGAUAGGCGCCGAGAUGACAGAUUUGGCAAUAGGAGGUUUGAAGAGCGGAGGUUUCCUGAUGUAGAAGCUAGGCUGGAGGGCAGGUCAUCCAACCGUCAGAAGGGCCUGGAUGUCUCCAGUCCUCCUAUUGUGCGUCCUGUUAGAGAAAUCCUGGGGGAGGAUGUUCCACCUCUUCGGGUUGGUGAAACUCCUAAAGCAAAUGGUAAUAGGACUGCUGAUGGUUCUCUGCAUCCUCAGAGGACUGCUUCUUCCAGUAGCCUGGCAUCUGUUGAUGGGAAUUCAGUUGAACUUAAAAGGGCAAAUUCUGGAAGCUUGAUUGAUUUCAAUGCUGAUCUUGUACCUCUUGAUGUAGCAGUAGCUGUAUCACCAACACAAGCACAAUCAACUACAUCACCCACAAGUCAAACUGUUACACAACCACCACUAAUUUCAUCCACUGAUGACAACUGGGCUUCUUUUGAUUUUGCCACACAAGAAAAGGUGUCUCAGCCCCCUUCAAAUGUGGACACUCUAGAAUCUGUGUUCUCACAACUGUCAGCUCCAGCAGCUCCACCUUUAGGUAAUAUUCCAACAUUGCCCUCAAGUGGUGCUGGCCCAAAAACUGUUCCUGUAGGCAACAUGUUCCCAGUAAGUGCUGGUAAUCCAGUUGCAUCUUUGGGUCAGACAACAACAUCACCCAGUGGUGGUUCUCCUGCAGCUGUUUCAGUUGACGACCUAUCAAUGUUAUCUGUGAGUGGUAGUGCUCCCACUGCUGCACCUGGAGGCAUGACAUCAAUGUUUACUCCGAUUGGAGGGCAGUGGCCAGGAAUGCAGCAGCAUCAGCCUUCUUUAUUUACUGCCAAUGAUAGUCAGUCUACUGUUCAGCAGUUGGUUCGAUCAGUUUCUGAAGUUUCAAACAAUCAACCAUGGAGUUCUUCACUUGUGCGAACAUCCACUCUACCAAAUAUGCCCUCUGUACAAUCAAAUGCACCAGUGCCUUUGACUGGUGCUCAUACCCUACAGCCAUCUCAGGCACCGUCAACCCAAGAUACCAGUUCGGUGGUUACAUCACAACCUUCCCAUGUGGAAACAAAGUCUAGUGGAAGAAAAGAACUUCCAGAGGACCUCUUUACUACAACCUAUUCAUCAGUUCCUGCACCAGUUUCUGGUUGGCAAACUGCUCCACCUCGUGGCAUGGCAUACGGCAUGCAAUAUCCUACUGCAAUGUCAGUGUCAACUUUUCCACAUCUACUGAAAUCGACCAAUCCAUUUGACCUGAACGAUGAUACAUCAGUAGUUCAAGCCCCAAGACCAAUGUUUCCGUCAAUGUCAUCUCUUCAAGGGGCACUGCCACACAUGGCACCACCUUCUGGCCUAUUGCGCACCACAAGCCUUGGUAGUCUUGGUACUCCUCCACGUUGGGUGCCUCCCCAAUCACAAUCUUAUGCAGCAGCAACGCUUCCAAGUACAUAUAUGGGGCAACAAGCACCUAAUAACAUGUUGCCUUUUGGACAUCAAGGAGUUGGAGGAUUUAGCAGUGAUGGAGCUGGUUUUAGUACCUUAAGUAAAGAUCAGCUAAUGACUGGAACAUACUCGCAACCUGCAAGACAAAAUUCUUUUCCUUCUGUAGGGGGGAACCCAUUUGGAUAGCUGCAAAGCCAAAGGUUUUCUGAUGGCAUUUAGGGUCAGCUUUUUGCUGUUACAGCCUGUUAACUUAUGGGGAGUAAUUUGGUUUCAUUCUGGUUGAGGACCAUGUGAACUGAUCCAGCCAAAUUAGAAGUUUUCUGCACGCAUCUUUGGCUAUUUUAAGGCUUAAAUGGUUGGUCAGCAACAAUGUAAAAUUCAUGUAGAAAUGAAGAAAAGAAGAUAUGAACCAAUGGAGAGGGAAUGGAAGUGUGCUUCAAAGUUCGGAUGGUUUUGUGGCACCGGGGGAGGGGGGGGGGUCUUUUUUCCUUUGCUUUAAGUUAUUUCUAUGGUUUUGGUGGUCUUGAUGUUUAUUGUAAAUCUAAUUGUUAUUAGUACCAUAUUCCAGGUGUUUUAUAUAUGCUUAUUUGGGUUGUAGUAUUUGUAUCCUUUGUAUUAGUUUUUUUUCCCUUUUCCUUUUUUCCCUUCUUGUUGAGUCUUGGGGUUUUGUAAGUUCAAAUUUUCAUAUGAGGCUGCUUUCACCAAUCUUCCACAAUCAUGGAAAGUGCUUGGUUCAUGAGAAUUGUUAAAUUUUUGCUAUCUCUGAAUUCUUGUUUGUAUUGAUGAAGAAUAAAAAAAAAAGAUUUUAAUA